CACACACACACACACAGAGAGAGAGAGAGAGAGAGAGAGAGACGCUUAUCGAUUCGACUCGUCGCUGGAGGAAGAGCUGGAGGCAACAAACAGCGCGUAUCGGUUUGGAAAAGUAGCGGCUAUUUCUCCUAGGAAUUAAAUGAUGGAGAACUUAGCUGUGCUUUACCUGAUCAGCGCGGUGAUGGCGCUCGCAUCUCCCGGAAGUGCCGCACCCGCGCCCGCGCCCGACCUCUACUCCCGCGGAAUGGAUUGGCUGAGCAGAUAUGGGUACCUCCCUCCUCCUGAUCCACGAACAGGGAGACUGCAGACCAAAGAAGGGAUGGAAAGGGCCAUCAGACAGAUGCAGAGAUUUGCCGGCCUGAAGGAAACAGGCAAACUUGAUGAGGACACACUAAGACAGAUGUCAGUGCCGAGAUGCUCACUGCCGGACAUUGUAGGCACCGAGGACAUGCUAAGGAAGAGAAGGAAGAAGCGCUAUGCUCUUGCUGGCUCCAGCUGGGAAAAAACUCAUCUAAGAUGGAGUGUCCUGAGUUAUCCCAGGCUUUAUUCCUCACUCUCAAAGGAUCAUGUGAAAUCGAUUUUGUUCCAUGCGCUUAAAGUCUGGAGUGACAACACCAACCUCCAAUUUGAUGCUGCCUCCGAGGAUGUGGCUGAUAGCGCCGAAAUCCGAAUUUCAUUCGAGCACACCCUCCAUGAUGAUGGCUACCCUUUUGAUGGGAAGGGAGGCACGCUCGCUCAUGCCUUCUUCCCUGGCCAGGCCGACAUCAAUGGGGACACACACUUCGAUGAUGAGGAGACAUGGACGUACGGGGCGAGAGAUGGAGAGGGCACUGACCUCUUCACUGUGGCCGUGCAUGAGUUUGGCCAUGCACUAGGUCUCUCACACUCGUCAACCAAUCCCUCCAUCAUGCGCCCAUACUACCAAGGCCCAGUGGGAGACGUUACCAAAUACACACUUCCCAUGGAUGACCUGCAAGCCAUUCAGACACUGUACGGAAUCAAUGUGAACAGAGCAACACCUCCCCCUAGUGGUCAUUCAACGCGUUUGCCUGAGCUUCCCAAAAUUCCAUCACCUACACGGACUACACAACCCAACCCUGGCCACCAGGAUCGCUGUGAAGGAGGAUUUGAUGCAGUGGCCAACAUCAGAGGAGAUGUCUUUUUUUUUAAAGGACCUUAUUUCUGGCGAAUGGAGCGGUCUGGAUCUUUGGUGUCACUCAAUCCUGCUCUCAUUAGAAACUUCUGGAUCGGACUGCCACCUGGCACAGACAAGAUAGAUGCUGUUUAUGAGAGGAAGACUGACAGUCGCAUCAUCUUCUUUAUAGGUUCAAAGUACUGGGUUUUCAAGGACACCAGGGCAUUGCCUGGAUACCCACGCCCUUUGUCUGAAUGGAGCAUGAGAACUCGCGAUGGGAGGGUGGUUGAGCAAGUCGAAGCAGCAUUUGUUUGGGCCCAUAAUGGUCACACAUACCUGUUCAGUGGUGAAGAGUUCUGGAGGUUCACUGAGAAUGAGGCACAAACGGUACCAUAUCCAGAUGCAGACUACCCAAGAAGCGCUUCCCUCUGGAAGGGGGUGCCCAGCGUUCCUGAUGACAUCAUGAGCUGGGGAAAAGCAGGAGAUACAUACUUCUUCAAGGACAAUUCCUACUGGGUCCUAAAGAGUGGGGGGAUGGACCAGGACAAAGUGAAUCCUAAAUCAACAGCGACAGAUUGGAUGUUUUGUCCUACUCCAACACCAGACAUCCAAUCCCCAUUCACCCCGCACAUCUGCAAAUGCAACUGUAAAAGUAACAAGGCUUCCACAUUGACUGGAUCUUCACUGCUACUUAUUUCAAUACUGUUUCAGUGCAUCUGUGUGCUGAUUUAGAGGUUUGUUUUUUUUUUAAAGAAAUUAGUGAGAUGAUUGAUCAUGCAUAUUUCAGUCAGGGACUUGUGGUUGCUAUGUAUGCUAUUUCACUGCUAUCCUGAAAUGCAGAGUUUGUUUACCAAGAAUUUGGAGUAAUUAACCUAAAUUUAAUCAAACAUGUUUAUAUGAUGAAGAUCUUUUGGGACAAUUUGAGUGCCUACACUGAUCAAAAUGUAAAGCUAUCACUUUUUAUGACCUAUCAUGUUUCAAUCAUGUUUCAAUCUCCAAAUAUCGUAUCUUCUGCAGGGUGUGUGUAUAAGUUUGUGGACAUUUGCAAUUACCACAUAGACUUUUUGAUAAGGAUACAAGUGUAGGUAAAUUAGAUUUAUUUUACGCAACUCCUAUGCAAUAAAAUGUAUUAUUUGUUAUAGUAAAAUGUUUUGAGUGAAAAAAGUAUUCAAGAUGUUUAAAUAUGCAAGUAUAUGUAAGUAUUAUUUCUUGCAUUCAGUCCUCUGCCAAUGCUUUUUAAGAUCUUAGUGUUUGUUAUGAAAUUUCUUUCUUUUAAUGAUAUACAUAUCUGAAUUAUGCAUAUAUAUUAAUUACCAUGAUUGAUAUAGAACUUGUAUUUUUAGGAGAAAAAGAAAAGAGCUGUCUGUGUGGCCCUUUAUGAGAAGUGCAACCUUGAGCCGCCAUUGGUUCCUUAAAUUCUGCAAGAGAUGUUUAUUCUUAAACUUGUUCUUAAUUUAUCAGAGAUUUUACAGGUUUAUUCUUACAAUCAACAAUCAGCAAGAAGACAAUCAGCAGAUAAAUGUAUUACAGCUGCAGCCUAACCAUCAAACAUGUAGGGGACAUUUGCAGGUCAGAAUCCCCACAGCAGAACUGUUUACACAUAGACCAGUGUAGUGUUAGGAUUGAAUUAUGUUUUUUAUUUUUUCUUUGCUUUGCUUUCAUUCUAAUUACUAUUAAACUGUUUGUUUAAGCUUUUUAAAAUUGAGCUGGAAAAGACUCAUGUUCCAUCUAUGCCCAGUAUCUGAUUUGAAUAUGUCUAUGUAAACAUUUAGUAAUCCAAGUCAUUGAAUAAGUAGUUAGCAAAUUAAGUCAAAACAUACGAAGGAAAACAACAUCUGUAUUCAAGCUUGGACUAAGCUGUAGCUUAAUGUAAUUUUCUUGGGAAAAAUAUACAAGUAAUAUAGAAAGCCCAAUUUUCCCUAGCAAUGACUAAAAGCAAGCUACAAGACGUCCAAUAAGCUCAGGUACAAAAACUUUGGGAGACCAUACAUACAUACACACAUACAUUCAAACAUACAAACAUACAUACUGUGACAGCAGGCCGGCGGCAGGCACACAAAAGAGGAGAAGCGCUUUUCCCACAACUGCCGCCUGGGUGCUGAAAGAACAGCUCCGCUUCAGCACCACCAAUGUUUAGGACAGCCUGAGAGCACCAGGACCACAGAAACAUACACGGCUAGCGGCUAAUGAUCAGCGCGGCAGCUCUCCACCAUCCAGCAGCCGACGGGAGCAUAUAAAAGGGCCUUACUACUCUUACAAGAGGAGGGACCAUCUCCAAAACACUGCUACUGGUUUUUUUUAUCUAUUUUCCACAGAAGAUCUGGCCUCAGAAGAAGAUUUUGCUCCCUGGCUCCUGCCCCAGAACUCCCAGACGUCCAAAAAAGGCCUCAACCCCCUGGGAGACCACACCACAACCUCUACACCAACGAGGAAGACACCAGCCCCCAAGCACUUCACUCCACCACCCCUUUUCUCUCCUACACACAAGCCUUUGAAUAAAACCUUCUAAGUUCUGCACCUAAGAGGCCUCCUGUGUGUCUGUGCUCAAACUACCACAGCCUAGGCUCACUACAAUACAAACACAUACAGUGCAUAUAGUGAAUAUAAAACGUCAACUCAAAAAAAAAAAAAAAAAAGAAGAAAAAUGUAC